UGUGCUGUGGGGAAGAGAGACGGAUUUGUAAACCCCGGAGCGAGGUUCUGCCUACCCGAGGCCGCUGCUGUGUGGAGACCCUGGGGGAAACCACCAUCACCAUGUCUGACCAGGAGGCAAAACCUUCAACCGAGGACUUGGGGGAUAAGAAGGAAGGAGAAUAUAUUAAACUCAAAGUCAUCGGACAGGAUAGCAGUGAGAUUCACUUCAAAGUGAAAAUGACAACACAUCUCAAGAAACUCAAAGAAUCGUACUGUCAAAGACAGGGAGUUCCCAUGAAUUCACUCAGGUUUCUCUUUGAAGGUCAGAGAAUUGCUGAUAAUCACACUCCAAAAGAACUGGGAAUGGAGGAAGAAGAUGUGAUUGAAGUUUAUCAGGAACAAACAGGGGGUCGUUCAACAAUUUAGAUAUUUUUUUUUUUCUUUUCCCUUAAUCCUUUUUUAUUUUUAAAAAUAGUUCUUUUGUAAUGUGGUACUCAAAACAGAAUUGAAAACUGGCACCCCAUCUCUUUAGAACAUCUGGUAAUUUGAAUUCUAGUGCCCAUUAUUCAUUAUUGUUUGUUUUCAUUGUGCUGAUUUUUGGUGAUC